AUGGCGGACAACAUCAAAACAGGAGUCUUCGCUAAAAACGUUCAGAAACGGCUGAACAGGGCCCAAGAAAAGGUGCUUCAGAAACUUGGUAAAGCAGAUGAAACAAGAGAUGAACAGUUUGAAGGAUUUGUACAGAACUUCAAAAAGCAAGAGGCUGAAGGCAGUCGACUACAGAGGGAAUUACGGGGCUAUCUAAUGGCAGUGAAAGGGAUGCAGGAAGCCUCCACAAAGCUCACCGAGUCAUUACAUGAGGUCUACGAGCCUGAAUGGUAUGGCAGGGAUGACAUUAAAGCUGUGGGACAGAAUUCUGAUUUACUGUGGGCAGACUUUCACCAGAAGCUGGUGGAUCAGGCUCUGUUAACCUUGGACACAUACUUGGGACAGUUUCCUGAUAUUAAGACUCGAAUUGCAAAACGCAGCAGAAAGCUUGUCGAUUAUGACUGUGCACGACAUCACCUAGAAUCUUUGCAGCAUUCAAAAAGAAGGGACGAUAGCAAACUCACCAAGGCAGAAGAGGAGUUUCAAAAGGCACAGAAAGUAUUUGAGGAACUAAAUACUGACCUACAGGAUGAGUUGCCAUCAUUGUGGUCAAGCCGAGUUGGUUUCUAUGUCAGCACCUUCAGAAACAUUACAUGUAUAGAGUCAAAAUUUCACAAGGAGAUUGCAGUGCUCUGUCAUAAACUAUAUGAAAUAAUGAGUAAGCUUGGGGAGCAGCAUGCUGACAAAGCAUUUAGCAUCCAAGGCGCACCCAGUGACUCGGGCCCAUUGAGAAUUUCCAAGACCCCAACACCACCGGAAGAACCGUCUCCACCCAGUAGCCCAGUGACCAGUCCUAAUCAUACUUUGGCACCUUUGGCAGCAUCACCAGCUCAUACUCCGACUCGUCCCAAGUCACCAUCUCAGCUGAGAAAAGGGCCUCCUGUCCCACCACCUCCAAAACUCACCCCAACAAAGGAGCUGCACCAAGAAAAUAUUAUCAACUUCUUUGAGGACAACUUUGUUCCCGAGAUCAGUGUCACCAGCCCGUCACAGCCAGAACAACCUGGUGCUCAACCAGUGGAGUCACUACUCGACCUGGACUUUGAUCCUUUCAAACCAGAUCAGUCCACCCCAAUAACACAAAGUCAGUCGCCACAUGCUCAGACCCUGCCUUGGGAUCUGUGGGAGGCAAGCACAGAACUGGUUCAGCCUAUGCCCAGUGCUGCUUUUAAUGGAUUCACACAGCUGGAUGCUGGUAUCACUGAGGGAGCCACGGAGCUGUCGAACCAAAGCGUGUUUGAUACAGUGGAGAUUGAGGAGUCUGAGGUACAAGAGCCAGCUGUGAGUGCUGAGACUGACAGCACUGAGGAAAUUAAGGAACCUGAGGUGCAGGAGCCAGCAGUCAGUGCUGAGACUGAGAGCACUGAGGAUGUGACACCUGAGGCAGAGACUGAACAAGACAAGACAAUUUCUGAAGACUUGGAACCUUCUCAGGUUUCAGUUCCUUCAGUAAUUGUUCAGCCUGCAUCCAACAAUGAGGGGGAAGACGAUCGAGGCCCUGAAGAGGAUGAAGCUCAGGAUUUGCAAGAAGUGGAACAGAUGCCAGUCACAGAUUUGAAGACAUCUGAAGCAGCCAGUGCAUCAGAACAAACAGAAGAAAUAAGCUCAGCUAGCACUGGGCAAAAUGUCAGUGCAGAAAGUGCCAGUGCCCCUCAGCAACAGAGUGCACCUGAGGGUGAAGUUUCUGACUUGCAGAGCAUGCCUCCAGGGUUCAUGUAUAAGGUUCAAGCACUCCAUAACUUUGAAGCUGCUAAUGCAGAUGAGCUUAACUUGCAGCGUGGAGACAUUGUGUUAGUGAUUCCAUCUGAGGUAUUAGAAGACCAGGAUGCUGGGUGGCUCACAGGUAUAAGGGAGUCAGAUUGGUUACAGUAUGGCACUGCCAACACCUAUAAAGGUUUGUUUCCCAAGAAUUUCACGCAACAACUGGAGUAGGCUUCAGCCGUUGUCUGUCUGUGAGGAAGUUAUCAGAAAAGCAGAACUUUGCUCUGCAAACCACAUGGUCUCCCACAGCACGGUUGUGUCCUUAGAACCUUCAAAGGGUAAUUUCAGAGUUGAAAAGAUAAUCAGCAAGGUUAAAAGCAUCUAAUGAACACAAUGAAGAGAGGACAUGUAUAUUAGCUGAAAACACAGGAAGCAUGGCAUUGACCUCGAUAUAACUAUUUCAAACCAACUAUGGAAAUGAAUAUGUAUUUGCUUAUCAAAGUGAAACUCCAUGUUUAUU